GGUGUGUUGCUGGAGCGCCACACGCCUCCCCAUGUGUGCCAGUGUCAGUUAUUGUCACAGCUCACGGCUUUCUUCUCCUCUCCCGCUCGACGCGCAUUGGACGGCUGACUGUGCGUAAGCUCCACUGAAACUGUAGCAUAUUGCCUGUCUACAUAAAACAUCGAAAGAUGAAGGCUUGAAAGCGGACUUUCGCAGGUUAUUUGAAGCACUUGGUGCCAAAGUGUAAUUAGAAGUGGCAGUUCUGAACAUUUGGCUCCGGGAUCAGAGCUCCGCGCGCUCUGCUGCGGGCUGCUGGAGUUGCGCUCAGGACUUGCCUGGGUGUGGAUGUACGCUGACCUGUGUGGCAAUUUAAACUUCUUUACUUCUAUAUGUUAUACCAUACAUGGUGCCGAGUGGGAGCUGCUUCUGUUCGUCCCCAAGUGUCGUACUUUACGCACUGCAUAGCAGCCAACUUCAAGUACCUGGUAAUGCGGAGGAAACAGAGCAGACAAACUGACCAACUGAGGACAAGGGAUUGAAACGUUUUCACUUCGGCUGUUUUUUGGAGAGAAUUCCUUUUGGAGAAUCAUUGUGAAGAUGUAUAACAACAGACGUCUCGCACCGGUCAUUCUACCAGGCGUCUAAGGGUCUUUCUCUUCCGAAAAUGCUUCAAAGAGUAAUGCAAAGCUGCGCGCAAGUUUCUUCUCUUCAGUUCUUGAAUUUUCCAGACGAAAACAACUAGAUAAGACGCAAGUGAAGAGGCUUUCGCUUUAAUUUGUCACACGCACUAUGCUUUUUUAGCAUUUGCAAAUGACUGGCUAAGGCAUGAGACAUUUUUUUUUACCAGAAAAUAUGAUUUUUCAGUUUUUACUAAUGAUGCCGCAAGAAGGACUUUUUUCUUUGAAUUAAGCCAUUUCCGCUUCCAUCUAUUUUUGGGGGGAAUUCGUGUUUGCUCAACGACUCAAAGAAACAUGUUGCAUAUCCUUGCACUUCAGUCGGCGGUGUUACUUUUUGGAGUAGCCGACUGUCGACUCUUAGAGGGAUUGCAGAGAUAUUCCUCCAUCCCCACAUACCUGCCGGUCAACUAUCAGGUGCUCAACGCGGACUUGGCGUUCUUCCUGAAGGAAGCCAACCAGGACUUCAUGAGGAACUCUAGCCUGAUGUCUCGGACUGAGCCCUUCUUUAUCUACCAGGCCAGAAGUUUGCCCUCAAUGAACACUAGCUAUGGGCCUCUCUCUGUGGAGCAGCCUGUCCCUUUAGAGCUCCUACAGAGCCCGGGAACGUUUCCUGCCUCUUCUGUUUUUACCUUCAACUGGAAGGUGCAGACCUUUAUCAUGAAUAACAGGAUUCACUUGGCCAAGCCCAAAGUCCAGGUGCUGUUUUACGUCGCAGGCAGGGACUGGGACGACUACAGCGCCAUCGACAAGCUGCCCUGCGUGCACAUGUUUGCUUUCCAUGAAACCCAGGAGGUGCGGGGCACUUGCCAGCUGAAGGGGGGGCUGGGGCUGUGCGUGGCUGAACUGGAGCCCUUGGCCAGCUGGUUCAGCCCACCCAGUAUAGUGCCAGGACGUCAGAGGAACCUGGAAGUAUCUGAGGGCACACCAGUGGAGCUCUACUACAUGCUGCAGUCCACAGAAGCAGGGGAGUGCCACUCAGAUGAGGCCAGGAAGGACAACUUCAUCCGCUCAAGCCAGGAAGGGCUAUUUGGUUCCUACACCUCCACACUGCUGCGUAGGAUCGGUGGUGUGAGGCUCUACCAGAACCCCACUCCGCCGCCCCUCGCUGAACACAGGCUUGAUAACAACUUCAUGGUCAUGGUGCCAGCCACACCCAUGAGACAGAGAGAAACCGUCUCUGCUUAUAUCACCGUGUCAGCCGACUCUCCUGUGGAGAUGUUUACUCUCAGAGUGAAGUUGAAAGAAGGAUUGACGUUUCUUGGGGCUCGUCCCAGCAAUCCCACUCAGUGGAUAGUUAGCCAGGACGUGAGGAGCGAAGGCCACCGAGUGGUGACUCUCCACUGCCGCAGGAAGGAGUCCGGCUACGAUCAGCAAAGGUCUGAGAUGGGAGUUCAGAGGGUGCUCCAGGUGGAUCUGAAAAUGGAAAUCUUUCCUGAGCCGCUGGGCAGCCGCUGGAUGGCCUGGCAGGUGGAGUACCCGGCCAGUCGUGCCGCCACACAAGAGGCUGAGACGGAGAUCCAACUGGCGCAGGAGGACCUGGCGGGCAUCGUGCCCCUGGCCAUGGACUCUGAGAUUUUGAACACCGCCGUGCUGACUGGGAAGACAGUGGCUGUCCCUGUAAAAGUGGUGACCAUUGGAAUAGACACCUCUGUCACAGAUGUCUCCGAUGCAGUCAAGUGUCGUACUACAGACGAAGAUGUGGUCAAGGUGUCAGACAGGUGCGACUAUAUUUUCGUGAAUGGCAAGGAGAUGAAGGGCAAGGUGAAGAUGAUGGUGAACUUCACCUACGGAUACCUGAGUGCUCAACUGGAGCUCAACGUGUGGAUCCCUCGACUCCCUCUCCAGAUUGAGGUGUCAGACACGGAGCUGAGCCAGAUCAAAGGGUGGAGGGUACCCAUCAUGGCCACCAGUCAGAGGUCCACACGGGACAGCGAGGAUGAGGAUGAUGAAGACAGACGAGGGCGAAGCUGCACCCUGCAGUACCAACAUGCCAUGGUCAGAGUCCUAACCCAUUUUGUAGCUGAGUCAGCUGAUCCUCGAGGCCAAACCAGCUUCAUGCUGGGCACCGAUUGGCAGGCGGACAUCACAGAGCUGGUGUGGGACUUCCUGAAAGUAGAGGACUCGCAGAUUGCAAAGCUACAGGACAGGAGGAUACUGGUGGGACUGGACAUGGGGAUGACAACAAUCCAGGUGUUGUCUCCUUUGUCAGACUCCAUCCUGGCAGAGAAGACCAUCACUGUGGUGGAUGACAAAGUGACCAUCACAGAGCUGGGGGUCCAGCUGGUGACGGGCCUCUCCAUGAGCCUUCAGCUCAGUCCUGGAAGCAACAGAGCCAUCCUGGCCACCACGACCACGCAGGAGAUUCUGCAGAGCCCCAAACAGGAGGCCUUGAUCAGCGCGUGGCUACAGUUCAGCGACGGCUCUGUGGCUCCUCUAGAUCUGUAUAAUGCCGACUUCUUUGUCCUGACGGCCACCUCCCUCGAUGAGGAAAUAGUGACAGUGCAGCAGAACCCCUCGUGGAAGUGGCCUGUCAUCGUGACAGAGGCGGAGGGCCAAGGUCUGCUGGUCAGGGUGGAAAUGACUGUUCGCGAGGUCUGCCAGAAGUUCAAGCGCCGCAGCAUCCUGGCAGCAGGGAACUGUAACGUCAGAGUGAAGUUUGGUCAUAGUGACAGCUCAAGGGGAGGGAGCAGCGACUACGGCCCCGAUGGAGAUGACAUGGAGAACAGAGGCAGGCUCUCCCCAUCCCAGGACAGGACCAGCCCUGACACUCACUAUUAUGGCAGCUCCAUCUCUGACAUGGAGGAUGGGACGCUGAAGAGAGCCACCACCACUAGAAGCGCAAUAAUGCGCAGACCCAAUGGAGAUAAACUUUCAGACGAUGGUAGGCAGAACAUGCCUAUUGACUUUGCUGACUUCCCUGCGCAAGUGGACCUUCCCCGCGGCCGCAAUAUGGACGAUGACCUCAUUCAGACUGCUCGUGGGCUCACAGACCUGGAGAUCGGCAUGUACGCCCUGCUGGGGGUCUUCUGUCUUGCCAUCCUGGUCUUUCUCAUCAACUGCAUUUCAUAUACCCUGAAAUACCGCCACAAGGAGCUGUCGAUUGAGGGCCAGGAGAACAUGAACCAUGCCCACGAUUGGGUGUGGUUGGGGAAUGAGGCCGAGCUGCUGGAGAGCCAGAUCAGCCUGUCGCCCCAGCAAGAGGAACAGACCUCCAUGAUGGACUCGAGCGGCGGGCUCGAGGAGGGCAGCCACUUGCUGAACGGAAGCUCGGCCCAGAAGAACGUGCAGGGCCAAGUGCACCGGGCGGCGGACACUGGGUGCAUAACCAAGGACAGCAAAGGAGACUCACCCACCACCAAGAGGAAGCGAGUCAAGUUCACCACGUUCACCACCAUCCCCUCGGACAGUAGCUACCCCACUGUUAACACACUGACUGGAAGCCACAGCCAGGACAUUAAGUGGGUUUGCCAAGAUGUGGAGCUGGGAGACUCCAAGGAGUUGCGCAAUUACAUGGAAAGGUUAAAUGACAGCGCUUUAAAAGAGGUGGCAUAAUGUACUGUGUGCCCUUGUAACAAACUCACCCUUAUGCCUUUCAGAGGAAAGUGGGUCUGGACAGAAACCGGACCCGGAAAUUGACUUCAGAAUCAUCCCCAAACUGCCAAAGGGUCAUUUAAUUAAAGAGGAUUGUCAUGAUUCCACAAGUGACUGAUAAUCACUAAUGAAGAAAAAUGACAAUGAAUUAUGACAUCAGGUGGUUCUUUUUCAUUUGUUUGUCGGAUGAUUACCUUUUUAUCAUCAUUUUAUUACUACAGGGUUUAGAUAGAAGGAUCCCAGGACUAUGUAAUAUUCAUUAAACAUGUAGAUUUUAAAACAAACAGUAACAUGACUAGAUAGAUGUUAUGAAUGUGAGUGCACAUUAAAUGGUUUUGGAAGUUUUGUAACAUUUGGAUAUUAAUUUCUUACACCAGAUCCUUAUUCUAUGGAAGAGUUCUGGAAGGGCCAAAGCAAGCAACCAGGAAUGUCUGCAUGUCGAUGGUAAAAAAAAAAAAAAAAAAAGAUAACUUUCUGGUUCAUGAUCAUCCUCCUUAACACGGCAGAAAACCUGAUAUAUAUAUAUAUAUAUAUAUAUAUAUACCGAACAGUCUCCACAGCAUUGUAUUGUUGCUCUGUAUAUUGUAUUUUUCAAAACAUUUAAGAAAUACACAACAAUGUCAAGAGCGUGUAUCAGCUUUUAUUGACCGCAGCAUCGUUAGGCCUUUCAAUUCUCAGCCCUAAGGUCAUCUGAGGAAUGUGGUUGAGGAAGGGGAGCCAAUUACACAUUCAUCUUUGUAUGAAGAGUAUUUCAUGAGAUGCAAUUUACCCACAAGCCACAACACAAUCUGCUCCUCUUUAAUGCUGGUUGGUGGAGGAACGCAGCA